CUGCCAGCGACUUAUAUACUUCUUUUAAUAGUAGCUGUAAUUCAUCCCGCUUGUUUUUGAACAUAUUUCUUUUACUUUACGGAACUUACCAACGCGCCUAACCCUCUCCUUCUACCCACUUCCGAGGAAGCGUAGCUCAGUUGAGCUCAUCGGGACCCGCUAUUCCUUCGAAAAAGUCGCAUCCUUCGACUGCACCACGUCCUAAACACAAGCCAAAAAGCUCUUUCUGCCGUAGUCCUUGCUUGCUCGCCACCUGUCAAAUGGAUGGAGCCGGCGAAUGAGGAGGCACAGCCACCUCACAUGCAGCAACCGCAACAUAAUCAAAAAGAGCGGCAAAAAUCUGUCCCCGUCUCUCUUUUCAAUAACACCACGAUUUCUCCGCGUAAUUUCUCUACCAAUCUCACAACGGCCGCCUCCACCACCACCUCUGAAAGCAACGAUUAUAACAUCACCUCAGCGGCCGUGGCAUCAGGAGCAGCAGUGGAACAAUCACCACAUUCGGAUGAGGAGCCACCGCCAUGGAUAGCUCCAUCAAUGUCAACGGCUAUAUCAGGCGUAACCCCCCCUUAUUGGCGGCACCAUAGGAGCGUAUCCCUGGCAUCGCAGACGUCACUAGAAGCCGCCACGGCACAGCGCAGGUCACUUAUACGCCUGGAAGACCACACGGAGGACCCAGCCAGCGAGACGAGCCAGGGCCUUUGGGCGCGCAGCGUGUUGAUCGAGGAUUAUAUUGUUGUGAAGGGGGGGAGGUCUGGGAUUGGAGCAUAUGUUGUGUGGAUUUGUAAGAUUCAGACGUUGGAGGGUGGUCUCGUGGUGGUUCGGAUGAGCUGCGUGCUUCUCAAUCCUGAAUUUUCCGGAUCGCCUAUACUGAAGGAAGUUUUGUUUAGCCAUGUCGGUUGA